AUGCGGGACGGGGUAGCACCGCUUCCUCAACCAUCUCUGUCCGGGUUCAACUACCGCCGCGACCCCGCACUGAUGAUGGCUGAGGAGCCCACGCCGCCGGCGACGAUCACGAUUCAAGAUGCGCGCACGGCGUCAACCGCUAGCCUGCGACGUCCGCACUGCGGCGAGCCUCACCUCCACGCCGCGAGCGCGACGAGCAGCAGUUGCGUGCCACCCAUGGCCAUCCCGUACAUCGCGCUCCACAAUGUCGGGUGGAAGGACUCCAACUUCAAAGGUCGAAAGUGGGUCAUCAUGCCAAUGGUCGCAGGGUUCGAGUCCACCUUCAUCGCCAACACGCUGCAGGGACUGCUGUGCUUGCCAGGGUGCGAGUCCGCCAUGAUGGGCGAAUCCGCCGUGACGAGCAGCAGUGACGGCUGCCACCGUCACUGCAACGUGAGCGCUCUCGGGCAAGACGACAGUCGUCGGUGGGAGGAGUCGGGAGCGGUGCUGCAAUCAUCGCGCAGCUCGUCGCUGGCAGAGCUGCCGCCGCAGCCGCAGCCGCAGCAGGCCCACGAAACAGCUGCGGAUGACGACGACAGCUUGGAGCAGCACUCCCAUGCGCGCUCAGCUUCUCCAGAUGGCGCGGAUGAGCACUCACUGAGCUCCUCCGUCAUGUCGGAUCCGAUGGCCACCGAGGACCGCACAGCGCGUUCUUUAAGUGAAGAAGGCGGUGACGCUGGCAAGGACUCUGGUACGAGGAGGGCAGAGGCGGUCAAAAGCCGGGACGCUGGUCGGUCGCCUCAGGCGCUUCGCGGCGGUAUUCGCAGCCAGUGGGGAACUCGCGUGAAGACAGCGGCCUCGCGCACGUACGCCGCGUACGUGAUGCAGCACCUCAGCGACGCGAACAUCCAGCUGAGGACGUUGGUGCCUCACGACGAACUCCCGAGCGACGCUCCGGUGACAGACACACAGGUAGACGACGCCGAAGAGCUGGAGUCGCUGCGAGGACAGUCCGCCACGGUACCGCGCUGCUUGGCCCCCGUGACGCUGCCGAGGGAGCCGAGGGCCGCGCCGCAGGUUUCGGGCGGAAGCGGCGCAGGCAAAUCGCGCGCGCACGUCAGCAUCUUUCUGGCCCAUGAGGCAAAGGGAGACGAAGUCUGCACAUCCGCCUGCAGAACCACCGCCGCGGCGGGCGCCGAGCCGUCUGAACGCUCCGUAACGACGACGACCGUCGCGCCGGCGGCUAUGCUGCCUGGCACGGCUUCGGCGACUGCGAUCGACUCCGUCCCGCCCCCGGAGAAGGCGGCGGUGCUGAUGGGGCUGGAGGAGGGUCACAGCUCCGACGACAACAACUCGCCGACGCCGAGCAGUCGGGAGGAAGAAGAGGAAGAAGAGCUGUGGAUGACAACGGAGGACACGAACACUGGGCAGGCCGGCGGGGCAGCGCCGAACGCGGAGGUGACACGGAUGGCAAACCGCCAAGUGGCGCAGGACGGAUCGCGGUACACCUGCUUCGCCAGCAACUGCGUCGAUAACAUGCCGAACUACCCGCUCCCGCAGCUGCAGAGCGAGGACCUCGUUGAUCUGGCGACCUUUAUGGUCGUCCGCAGCUCACUGCAGCCGGAUGAGGCGACGGACCUGCACCUCGGCACCCAUGUCUUGGGCAACCCCCAAAACGUACGGCUGCUGCCGCCUGAGCAGCGAGCCGCGUUGAUGAACCGCGCAGCACGGCUGAUGGAGGCUGCAGUGUUCCUCCAAGUGUAA